CAACAGGAGCGUAAAAAGUGAACAAUGAUGCGGGUAAAUGAGCUACUGCUCGGCUACUUUUUGGUUAAAGUUAUGGUGUGCGACGCCGAGGGCGAGCAGGGUCAGAGCGCCGAUGACUUCAUGUUUGUGACCGGGUUUAACGACUCCAAGGAGGCUGAGGUCACAGUCACGGAGAGCCCGCACAUGGAGGACAAAUGCCGGGGAUACUACGACGUGAUGGGUCAGUGGGACCCGCCGUUCGUGUGCAGCACGGGCAGCUAUCUGUACUGCUGCGGCACCUGUGGCUUCAGGUUCUGCUGCGCGUUCAAAAGCUCUCGGCUGGACCAGACCACCUGCAAGAACUACGACACCCCGCCGUGGAUGAUGACAGGAAGGCCGCCACCGAAAGUGGACCCGGCGUUGGAGAACGCGAAGGAUAAAACCAACCUGAUUGUUUAUGUCAUAUGCGGAGUCGUGGCCAUAAUGGCACUGAUUGGAAUUUUCACAAAGCUCGGUUUGGAGAAGACGCACCGUCCACAACAAGAUGAUAUGUCAAGAGCUCUUGCACAUGUUAUCCGCCAUCCUGCAUCAGAACAUUCGGAUGACAUUGGACUUGGCCAGCACUAUGAGAACAUACAGACCAGAGUCACGGUUAACAGCCUCCAUAGCAACCAGAUGAACAACCUGGUACAAGCAUCAACCUUGAUAGCCCAGCCUUACCCACCCCUGGGACCGAUCACCAGCCCCUACGAACAACUGAAGCCUGUCAAGGAUCUCAACAAGUACGCAACCCUGAAGGCUGUGGCAGAGAAAGCUAACGAUGGCUUCUACAGCAACCGGCGGACAAUGAUUGAGAUGACAAGCAAAACCAGCCUCCCCAUGGAAGCUGUGGAUUUGGAGCCAGCACCGACUAAUCCUUACAGCCCUCCCAGACAGCUGUCUGGAAAGCAAAAUGAUCACAAGUACAAAAGCCCCAGGAGCCGCAGCUCCCAGUCGCUAUGCUACAGCUCCAGCACGGCUGUUAGCCCAGGAGUGCUAAGAUCUUGGGAUAGCAAGGAUGCACUGGGACUAAGACAGAGCUACGGCCAAAAGAAACUGUGCAUCAUAGAGAAGGAGCUGCACACCACUCGCUACUUGCCUCCACAACCAUAUUUUGUCACCAACAGCAAGACAGAAGUGACAGUAUGAAGAACGGUCUAAUCAGGAGGAUAAGAGGUAACCUACAUUUAAGAAAGACAGAGGCUGCUGACUGGGUGGAGGUGGAAAAGCAGCAUGGACCGUAGCACCUGCAUUUAAUGGGCAGUAUUUAAGAUGCCAUCUAAGGGUGAAAUAUACUGCAUAAGGACUGUGUAUCAAUCACUGUGCCUCUGGAGGGUACAGUGAUGUUUUCAUCCGUAUUUAUGUAACCACACAGCUAAAACAAAGUUAUGCUACUCAAAUAUAGCCAAUGAGAGAUGUGAUACAUGCAAUGCUGUAGUCAGUAUUUACUGAAUCAUCAGUGAAGUAUAUCAGUCCCAUAAAAUCACUGUUUAAAUGGCAAAGCCCCUCUUAUUUACAUAGCUGAACAAGGAGUGUGAUUACUUUGGAAUGAUGAAAUGUUUUAUCGGAUACAGUGGGAGCUGCUAUGUUGCUAGGUGCUGGAAGUGCACAGUAUAAAGAAGAUAAAUUUGAGAUAAUUACCUUAAAAACUUCAACCAGCCUAAAGCUUUUCGACGAUUGCGCUUAUAAAUAAGACUUUUAAGAUCCUCCAGAACAAAUUAAGCCACACAAAUUGAGCAAAUAGCAUGUAAUGUAAGCUAAGUGAAAAUUCCCAAGCACACCAAUUAUCCUAAAGCCUAAAGAUGAGUUUUUUGCUGCUUGUU